ACUUUAAAAGAAUCAUUUUUCAAAUUGAUCUCGACCUUAAUAAACCCAUAAUUCUUAAUCUAAUACCGUAUUUAGAUUCCAAAAGACCCGAUUGUCACCCUCUAGACCUCUACUCGUAGGCCCCAUAGAGAACUGUUAAAACUUAAAACAAACAAAACGCCUAUAGGCUGACUUCACUAUUUUCGUCUCCUGCUUCUAACACUACCCACCUCUUAAGCUAGUUGGUCCUUGAGCCGUCAAAAUUAAAAAAUUUACUGACAAAAUUCCCGGCAUACAAAUUUCUGCUGCUUCAUCUUCCUACUACUCCCCUACUAAAUUAACCAAGAUCCCAUUUCCUUCUUCUCACUUUCUCUCUCCUCCUUCAAUUCUCAGUUGUGAUCUUCCCCAUUUUGCAUUCAAUUUUACUACUAUGCUAUAACUGCUUUUUGUUGCAAUUUUCUGGGUUUUAUUUGAUCAGAUGUAAGUGCUUUUUUUUGCUGGGAGUUUUUCAUCAAAAUCCCAAGAAACGUAGAAGAUGAGAGGUUCAAUUGCUUCAUCCCCAAAAGCCCCAGAAGCCCGUCAUCGUGUUUCUGCUUCAGUUGAAGAAUCAAGCAAAAGAAGGUCUCUAAGACAUCGAGAUAGUAGAGAUGUAGAAAAGGCAUCAUAUACUUCCUUCCAAGAUAGAAGUUAUAACUGCAAGUUUACCCCAUUAAAGUUCAUCCUAGUUGUCGUUUUGAUUGCAACAUUUUUGACACUUCUUCACUCUCCAUCCCUUAAGCAUACAGAACAUAUAUCGAAAUCCAAUUCUCAGAUGAGCAUUGUAGAUAGAUGGAGAGGGGAUAGUCAUGUUGACAAGCGCUAUGUAUCCGAUCUAGCUAUUGAUUGGAAUCAAAUCUCAGAAGUCAUGGAAACUCUUAUUGAUAAGAAUGACUAUAAGGCUAUAGGCCUGUUAAAUUUCAAAGAAAAUGAAGUUGAUAGUUGGCAGGAAAUGUUACCUUCCCCUGAGCAUAUGAUUUUGCAUCUGGACCAUGUUCCUAAAAGUUUGACUUGGGAAACGCUGUAUCCUGAGUGGAUUGAUGAGGAAGAAGACUUUGAGAUACCUAGUUGUCCUUCCCUUCCCAGUAUUCAGGCUCCUAGAAAUGCACGUAUGGAUCUUAUUGCUGUGAAGUUGCCUUGCAACAAGCUAGGAAAAUGGUGGAGAGAUGUUGCACGGCUGCACUUACAGCUUGCUGCAGCAAAGCUUGCUGCAUCUGCUAAGGGGUCAUAUGAUCUGCAUAUACUGUUGAUUUCUGAUUGCUUUCCUAUCCCAAAUCUCUUCCCCUGUAAGGAACUUGUGUCGCGUGCUGGGAAUGCAUGGCUGUACAAGCCCAAUCUCAAUACCCUAAGAGAAAAGAUUCAGCUUCCUGUCGGAUCAUGUGAACUUGCGCUCCCUCUCAAUCCAAAAGCCUAUCUAUCUUCUGGAACUGCACAUCGAGAAGCUUAUGCUACUAUCCUUCAUUCAGCACACGUGUAUGUAUGUGGAGCUAUUGCAGCAGCACAAAGCAUUAGAAUGUCUGGUUCAACUCGUGAUUUAGUCAUACUUGUUGAUGACACAAUCAGUGAUUAUCACCGAGGUGGCCUUGAGGCUGCAGGUUGGAAGAUUCAUACCAUCCAAAGAAUCAGGAACCCAAAAGCUGAACCAGAAGCCUAUAAUGAGUGGAACUACAGCAAAUUCCGUCUCUGGCAGCUAACUGAUUAUGACAAGAUCAUUUUCAUAGAUGCAGACCUUCUUAUACUCCGAAAUCUCGACUUCCUAUUUGGGUUGCCAGAGAUUUCUGCCAUAGGGAACAAUGCUACUCUUUUCAACUCUGGGGUUAUGGUAAUUGAGCCAUCUAAUUGUACAUUUCAAUUACUAAUGGACCACAUUAAUGAGAUUGAAUCGUACAAUGGUGGGGACCAAGGCUAUUUGAAUGAGAUCUUCACCUGGUGGCAUCGGAUUCCCAAGAGAAUGAAUUUCUUAAAGCAUUACUGGGAGGGUGACGAGCCUGAAAAGAAAGAAAUGAAAACCAGGUUAUUUGGUGCAGAUCCACCAAUACUUUAUGUGAUCCAUUACCUAGGCUUGAAACCAUGGCUGUGCUUUCGGGAUUAUGAUUGCAACUGGAAUAAUGAAUUAUUGCAUGAGUUUGCCAGCGAUAUUGCUCAUAAAACUUGGUGGAAGGUGCAUGAUGCGAUGCCUGAAAACUUGCAUAAAUACUGUUUGCUUAGGUCUAAGCAGAAGGCAUCAUUGGAAUGGGAUAGAAGGCAGGCUGAGAAAGCGAAUUACACUGACGGCCACUGGAAGAUAAAGAUCAAAGAUCCAAGAUUGGAAACAUGCUUUGAAAACUUCUGCUUUUGGGAAAGCAUGUUGUGGCACUGGGGUGAGAAGAAUUGGACCGACAAUGCAACUACUUCAUCUUCACCGGUGUCAGGGAUUAAAACAGCUUCUCUUCCCUCUUUGUAGUUUCAGGGUCUGAUUUUUGUCCAUCAGAAAUAUAUAGACUCAGAGAUAUAGCAAAAAGAAACAACAUAUUUUUCCUGUGAAAAUUUUAUAGAGUAUGCUGAAUAUGCUGAUUGCAUAUGCCGAUUUCAACCCUGUGAAGUUUGAAUCACUAGUCGCCCUCGAGUCUGAUUCAACAUUAGGCCUGUUCAGUCUGAUAGAUCAAUGUUAUGACUAACUAGGAACUUGCUGCAAAAACCUAGUUACAUACAUACGUUCACAUUACACUUCAGUGUCUUCCACAAUUGCACAUUAUAAUUGCACAUUAUCAUUGCACAUGUAAUCCAAUUUUCCUCUCUUGUAGAAAAUGAAGCUCACUUCUUAGAUAGUAAUAAAAAAUAAAAUAAAAUAAAAUAAAAUAAAAUAAAAAAGAAAGAAAGAGAGAAAGAUAUCACCUUCUUGCAAUCUUGCAUUGAAAAUUUUAAAAAACAAAUCACAACGAACCACCUCACAGCUUAGCAUCUCUAUAGUAUUUUGCAAUUCGAUACAAUAUCUACUUCAAACUCUUCUCUCUAAUUAUCUUUAGCGUAGCCCUUCAUGAAUGCUCAUCAAUU